AUGACGUCCUGCGUGAUCCAUGUCCACGACCUCCCGCGUCGUCUACACAAGCGCCUGCAGUCGUCACUACCGGUCGGAGGUGCUGCCACGGAAGCCUCGUCAGCUCCAAGGGACUCGGUCACAAGCGAGGCGCGGCUCAAAGUGUGCAAGCGCCGGAUCGAGUCGUCGCCGCGCUCCGCAAUGACUGUCGAGUCGUUGGGGAGAGAGACCGCUGUAGUCACGACGUCUAGGAGCGAUGCCGCUGGUAAUGUACAGUGGCCGAGCGUCACCGGCUGCGAGGGUGUGCGCAAGGCGCUCACGUUCCUACGGACGUCGCGACAGCACGCACUCAUGCUCAUGCUACAGAACCACUGGGAGCGUGCGAUGGGCGUGCUGGAGAAGAUUGAGAAAGCGACGGAGAGCGUCAGUGAGCAACGACGACAGGUCGUCAUUAAGCAGGCAAAUGCUGGCCGGAACUCGCUUGUUUGGAAGCUCCAGGAGCUGGAGGUCGUGGCCCCACAGCGCGUCGUGCGCUUUCGUGACGAAGUGGCUUUUGCCAUUGCAGAUGAGAUGGACCGUACGUGCGACGUCGUGGCGGAGCCCUUGCGCGAGGAGAUGCUCGUGUUGCGUGCGUCGCGCAAGAUCCCACAGGCAAAUCUGUCCGAGUUCUGGAACGAGUAA